AUGGAGAGUUCCCGCCUAUUCGCCCUGGUAGGAGCCGCUGUACUGUUGCUUGCGGGAGCCCACGGUCAGGAAGAAGGCGAGCUUCAGCCCCGAGCCUUGGAUCUCUAUUCCACCAUGGAGGAUACAUCCCACGAGAAGGAGCUGAUUGAAGCACUGCAGGAAGUCCUGGAGAAGCUGAAAAGCAAACGGCCCCCACAUUAUGAGAAGAAGUAUGGUCAAGUCCCCAUGUGUGAUGCAGGAGAGCAGUGUGCAGUGAGAAAAGGUGCCAGGAUUGGAAAGCUCUGUGACUGUCCCAGAGGAACAUCUUGCAAUACUUUUCUCUUGAAGUGCUUGUAAAGAAAAGUCCCUCCCCCAACCUCUGGAGAACAGAGAAAAAAGCCAGUUGCCUUGCCUGAAGAAUUUAUCCUGAGAUACGGAUGCAGGUGGGUGGGGUGGAGAAUGGUCUGUAUUCAUCACGU